GUUCCCAAAAUCAACACACCAAAUCACCACCCAAACACAUCUCCACUCUUAAGCACCAUUCUCAACUUUAUAAUUUCCUUCGUGUAAACUGCAGGUCAGGUAACUUUUCUCUUGAUGAAGCUUUUGAUUCCUUCAAUUAUAUGAUUCAUAUGCACCCAACUCCUGCUAUGUCUUCCUUCAGUAUUUUGUUUUCUGCACUUGUUAAGAAAAAACAUUUUUAUCAACUUCUUGUGAUGUACACGAGAUUCAUUUCAGCUGGGUUGUUGCCGGAUUUCUUUAUUUUGAAUAUUUUAAUUGAUUGCUUAAGCAAAAUGGCACGCGAUUCUGAUGGUUUUGUAGUUCUUGGGAGUAUUUUUAGGAGGGGUUUUUACCCAAACGCUUUGACUUUUAGCAAUCUGAUUAAUGGUCUUUGUAUGGCGGGCAAGAUUAAGAAGGCCAUUGAAUUUUUUAGGAAUAUGGUUUCGGUUGGUUGUAGACCGGAUGUGGUUACAGUUGGGACUUUGAUUACUGGGUUGUGUAGAACUGGUAAUGUCGCUGUUGCCCUUCAGUUGUUUGAAGAAAUGAAUAACGGGAAUGGUGAAUUUGGUGUCAUUUGUAAGCCUAAUACUGUUUGCUAUACUACAAUUAUUGAUGGUCUCUGCAAAUAUGGGUUAGUAGGCAAGGCAAAGAAACUGUUUUCAGAAAUGAAGACCAAGGGCAUUAAUCCAGACGUGAUUACUUACGCCACUCUGAUUUAUGGUUUGUGUAAUACAUCUAAUUGGGAGGAGGCUAAAACUUUGUUUAUAGAGAUGUUGGAGGAAGGUGUAAAACCUAACGUGGUGACAUUUAACGUGGUAAUUGAUAAGUUUUGUAUCGAUGGAAAGAUGGACGAAGCCAAUGGGUUGUUCCAACUGAUGAUUAAUAGAGGUGUUUGUCCCGACACAAUAACUUAUAACAGAUUUUUGAGUGGUUUUUGCUUGGCAGGUCAAAUUGAUGAUGCUAGAAGGCUAUUUGAUUCCAUGGCAAGUGUGGGGUGUAAGCCUGAUGUUUUUAGCUAA